GGGACCUCUUGAAGCAAAGACCAGAAGAGAUGGAGCUGGACAGAGCUGUGAGGGUCCUGGGCCCUGCCACCCUGCUGCUCACUUUCCUGGGCUUGGCCUGGGCUGUCCAGGCGGCAGACACCUGUCCAGAGGUGAAGGUGGUGGGCCUGGAGGGCUCUGACAAGCUCACCAUUCUCCGAGGCUGCCCGGGGCUGCCCGGGGCCCCUGGGCCCAAGGGAGAGGCAGGCACCAAUGGAAACAGAGGAGAACGCGGCCCCCCUGGACCUCCUGGGAAGGCAGGACCACCUGGGUCCAAGGGAGCACCUGGGGAGCCCCAGCCGUGCCUGACAGCCACUGCCUGGGUUCGCUUCUCAGGCCCACGCACCUGCAAGGACCUGCUAGACCGAGGGCACUUCCUGAGCGGCUGGCACACCAUCUACCUGCCUGACUGCCGGCCCCUGACUGUGCUCUGUGACAUGGACACGGACGGAGGGGGCUGGACCAUUUUCCAGCGGAGGGUGGACGGCUCCGUGGACUUCUACCGGGACUGGGCCGCGUACAAGCAGGGCUUUGGCAGUCGGCUGGGGGAGUUCUGGCUGGGGAACGACAACAUCCACGCCCUGACCGCCCAGGGAACCAGCGAGCUCCGUGUAGACCUGGUGGACUUUGAGGACAACCACCAGUUUGCUAAGUACAGAUCAUUCAAGGUGGCCGACGAGAAGAAGAAGUACAAUCUGGUCCUGGGGGCCUUUGUGGAGGGCAGUGCGGGUGAUUCCCUGACAUCCCACAACAACCACUCCUUCUCCACCAAAGACCAGGACAAUGACCUUAGCACCGGAAAUUGUGCUGUGAUGUAUCAGGGAGCUUGGUGGUAUAGAACCUGCCAUGUGUCAAACCUGAAUGGUCGCUACCUCAGGGGGGCUCACGACAGCUUUGCAAAUGGCAUCAACUGGAAGUCGGGGAAAGGAUACAAUUACAGCUACAAGGUGUCAGAGAUGAAGGUGCGACCUGCCUAGCCCAGGCCGGCCUCAGGGUCAGGACGCCUCCACACACAGUUGGUGGGGGGUAGGGUUGGGAGCUUGGCCCUAGGGUUUGUAAAAGAAACACAUGUCGUGAUUCUAAA